AACGCACGUCUGGAAUUAGGAAAAGCUUUGGUGCAUCCAUUUUCAAACUCUGGACAUCAAUAUACUGAAAAUAGAACUAAACAUCAAGAGCCGAACUGCAAAAAAAACGCUUUAUUUGACUGAAUCCAUACUGGGGACAGAAUAGGAGAAAAAUUCCAGCAAGAGAAGCAUCCCAGAAUAAGACAUCAGCAAAAUCCCGUACCCAAAGCAAGAUUGCUGAAGUCUGCCGAGCGAACGUUUGUGAAGGCUGGGCAUGGAGGUUCUCUUUCUCUUAGUCGCUUUGCUGCAUGAGCCAGUUUCAAGCACCUUGUAUGGAUCCAGGGUUUUGACAGGUGAGGUUGGAGGAUCGGUCACUCAUCAGUGCUUCUACUCCAUCACAUCGGCCAACAGACACGACCGAAAAUAUUGGUGCAAAAUAGUAGAAAAGAGAGCUUGCUACACUAUUGUUUCCACCACCGGCUACGUCUCCAAGAACUACACCGGGCGAGUGUCUCUCAAGGACAUCCCUGAGAACGGCACCUUCACGGUGACAAUGACAGGACUGAAGAAGGACGACACAGGGACCUACCGAUGUGGCAUCGGCCCCACCAACAGGGACCUGUAUGUCACCCUGAACCUGACAGUUUUGGCAGGUAGGAUGCUGGCAGGGGAGAGGGGAGGCUCCGCUCAGACGGCAGCCCGGCUUGCAGGACCAGUUUGGGGCCGUACGCCAGAGCAUCAGUACCAGCUUUUUCUCUCACAGAAUCAUUAAGUUUGGAAAAGUCCCCUAAGCUCAUCCAGUCCAACCGUCAGCCCAACCUCAUGGUGUCGGUUAAACCACGUCCCAAAUUUUCAAGGUCACACAGUGUUGGAACCCCUUCAAGGAUGGAAACUCCACCACUACCCCAGGCAGCCUGUUCAAAUUACCCUGUGAUAAUUAACCCAAUAUUUAUAGUGAUGAGGCAUAAAAGUACACAGAUUCGACCAAAUCAGCUGUUCCUAAAUGUAAAAC